AUGCUGUUCCUUCUUUUCUCUCAUAUCAGCAGCAUAAGGACCUCUGUAGAUACUGUAAGAAGAGAUGCCCAUAAUUGGAAAUUGGACGAUGGAAGAACUUUGUUCCAUUCAUACAAUCAUACAACUGUACAAACUUGCACUAUGCGGUUUUCUUCCUCGACCCAUUAUGCUAAGAUCUUUGAUGGUGCCAAAAAUAUUUCCUUCACAAAUACAUCAGGCAAAGUCAAGCUUGCUGAUGGAAGAGAAGCCUUUGUUGGAAAUGACAACUUUUUAAGAAUUAUGUCAUCGGAUCUCGAAAAAGUUGAAACUUACAUGCUGGGUUACCAAUCACCAUAUCAAAAACUCAAAAUUUUCAAAGAAGAAAAAUAA